CAGUCACUGUGGAAAUUUGAAUGUUCGAGCUUCUACCAACCCUCUUGAAAACAUUUGACUCAAGAACAGCUGUUGAAGAUUAUGCGUAGAGACAAUGACAAAUGCAUCAUCGGUCUUUGGCGAAGGUAGAGGUCGGAGGUGACGGCGAUGAAAAUAUUAUGUACGAAGAAGCAUCGUAAUUAAAAGAUUUAGAACUUGUAAGAAAUGGCCACGGCGCAAGGUACACCGGAAUCAGAUACUGGAAGCUUCGAAUGCUUUCAAAAUUAUACAGCACCAGAGGUAUUUAUCCAAGGCCUGGCUGGCAUCGUGGACCAGCAAGAUGUAGAAUCUAUGAUAAGGGCUCAGAAGCAAAUGUUGCAGAGAUUCGAAAAGACCAACGAGAUGCUGACGAACUGUAACCAGUUGUUGGUAAAUAGGUUGAAAACUGCUGGGAACGAGUUUAAAAAGCACACAGCAUUACUGGUUGAAAUGAAGAGGGAUCUGGAUUAUAUUUUUAAAAGGAUUCGCGUUGUAAAGAAUAAACUGAGUCAGCAAUAUCCACAGGCAUUCAACGAAGCAGUAAGAAGCAGUUUGGCGGAAGAAGUAAUCGUCGAAGAUGUAGAUUGCUCCGUAAAACCGCUCGAACCUGAAAUCGUACCGCUACCAAGCGCGUCUCAUAUCGUUACGGAUCGAGAUCCAGAUUCUGAUGUGCCGGUUGAGGAGUUUCAAUUCGCGAAGCUGCGGAAACGACGAAUAAAGAGCAACGAUAGUUCGUCAACGGAGAGCAACAACGAUCACAGUAACGCCGAUACUUCGAGUGACUUCAGCAUGAAGGCGGAGGGUGGAAUGGCGAGCAGCACGAUCCUGCACAAGGUGAAGGUGAAGGAAGAGGCGAAGGAGUGCUGCGGUGGCUCUCAACAGCCGUCAUCGACCACGACGAUGACGACGACGACGACUACUACGACGACGACGACGAUGAUGACGACGACGACGACGACGACGACGACGAGGAUGACCAACAGCAACGGGGUGCCGAGUGUGAACGCUUCGUCUCAACCUUCGAAUGCUCCACACCAGCACACCCCCGCGAUCGCCUGUUACCCGUCGGCGCCAGCCUCGUCCGUCCUCGUCAACACGGACUCCUUUCCCGUCGAUCUCGAUCUCAAGACCAAGAUCAGGGCGAGCUCCGCGGUCAGGGAGAAAAGUUCGCGGGAAGAUGCUCAGUCGGAGGUGCACUCGCCUUCCACUAAUCACCAAAGGAUUCCAGCCAGCGGUGUACCACCGCCGCCGCCGACUGGUCAGUCGAAGCAGAGCGAGAAUGGCAACCGAGCAGAGUACAAAGGGACGAGCGGUUGUUCGGGAUUCUCCGACAACGAUAGUCCUUUGCCCUCGCGUUGCCCCCUCAAGCCUGAAUCGGACGAUUCGGCGAUUGGACCUGCUGCUGCCGCUGCUACCAACUGCAGAACGGAAGAGCAGCAGAACGAUUCGUCUGCAUCGUCCAACACCUCCACCACCAACGGCACCAGAUGCAUCGCCGGUGUUUUCGCUUGUCACGGCGAACUCAAGAGCGUGCUGGGUACCGUUGUCAAAUUCGCCACGGGUAUCUCUCCGGACACCGGUGAUACCGUACUCACCUUUGUGUUGGCGCUUCUGAGCGGCACCAUGACUGCGGAAGAGUUUCACUCCGCGCUGCAGGAAGCGACCAACUACUCUCUGAAAGGAUUCGUGCUACCGCACCUCAAACAGCAACUGCCGUCUUUGCAGAGAGAUUUGAGCAACGCUGCUAGAGCGAGCAAUCAGAGUUGCGCGCAGUUCUUGCGAUCGAACGAGGUAGCGGUCCUAGAGGCGGUGGGCUUGGUGGCCGCGGCCGAGCCGGUCGACAUCUUCGGAGAGCAGCCAGGCAACGGAAUAGGAAGUGGAAACGGCGGUAAUCAGUGCUCCGCUCAUUACGGCAUACGAUCCAAUUCUAAUCCCGGCGUCGGCAGCAUUCAGCACGCGAACAACACCACGGGUGGUCUCCACCAUUAUUCCAGCGGCGCGUCGCACGCACCCAAGCGUCGCGCCUCAGACACGCCGUACUACGAGAACGGCGCCGCUCUACUCGAAGAUGUCCCAGUCUACGGAAAGAGGCUGACGAAUCUCUGGAGUCACCACCAUCCCUCGCAGCAGCAACAGUCCACCGAGAAUUCCUCCCCUUAUUGUUGGUAUCAUCCACUUCAUUCGUCGAGCGGAUCGAUUCAAGGUCACGGAUACCGGCAUGCUCACUCUCAUAGUCACGGUCAUGCACACGGACACGGUCAGGGUCACGGACCCAGUCCGAUACCUCCUGCUUCCGUGCAAAUCAACCAGAUCAACGCGUUCCCUGGAUCGCAUCAUUUAGCGCAGCAGCAGCAACAACAACAGCAGCAUCACGUUCAAACGCAGAACGGAAGUCUCGACGACGAAUGGAAGAAUAUUCAUAUGAUGUUGAACUGCAUUCUCGGAAUGGUGGAAAAGACGAAGAAGGCUUUGGCCAUUCUACAAACUCGUGGUUGCUUCGGAGCAGCUGGAGCUCAGAACGGUAACGGGACCGUUGCUCCUAGUAACAAUCCAUCCUCGAGCAACGGAUCUCAAGUGGAAUCCUCGACCGGGGAUCGCGAGGGUAGCUUGAAACGACUCUCCGGAGAGAUCGUGGCUCAAACGAUCCGGGCGAUCGAGGACAAAGUAGCAGAAGUGAAGAGGAAAGACGAGGAAGCGGUGAAAAGGGCGGUGAUGGUCGAGGUGCAGCGAGCGGUGCGAGUCGCGGUAGCCGAAUCUAGGGCGAACGAACGAUUGCGCGUGCAUCGAUUAAUCGACGUCCCGUUAUCCCCGAGGAAUCAUCUUCGACAAGGACCGUAUCUCCGUGUUCACGGUAAUCCCGGACCGGUGGAUGCGAACGCUAGAAACGUUACGACACCCACCACCGCUUCCAAUUCGAUUGCUUCGACCAGCGAAGAGGAAAAGGACGCCCAUCUGCAGACCGUCUCCGGUUCCAGUUGCUGGAACUGCGGCAGACCCGCCCUGGAAACCUGCGGUGGCUGUGGAAUCGCACGAUACUGCGGUUCCUUUUGCCAGCACCGAGACUGGGAGGCCGGAGGUCACCACGCCACAUGCAACAACCCUCCGCCGCGCGAACCUCCGAGGUCCGCGUCUCGUAGCCCCCCGAGAAUCCCCACUGGCCCUCUCUCGAGCAACGUGAACGAUACGACGAGCGGCGGCGUCACGGCGUCGAUACCGGCCAGCGUUGCGUCCAAAGGGAAGUGA